GAGGAGUGGGGCAGAUGUGGGUGUGACAGCUGACAGUGCUGCUCUGUGACGUGGAACACCGGGUGCAGCACGCUUACAACACCACACGCUCUUCUUUUUUCUUACUGUUCACAAUAGAUGAUCACGGUUUCCGGCCCGAGCCUGGAACACUGCCGCUUCAUACACAGAUUUGGGUUUCCUGGGAGGAGGGACGAUGCUGCAGGAGUCGUCAGUAGACAGCAGUGGCUCCAGGUUCGCUCCUCUGGUGGUGCUGGAGCUGGCCUCAGACACCAAGGAGGAGGCCGUUGCCUGGUUGCUGAGCAGGAUAAGAGACCGGCAACAGAAUGGAGGUGCUGAGCUGCUGGUGGAGCAGUUGGGACCUGGAAUCGGGGUGGAAGAGAAGGAAAACCCCAACAUGUUUUUGGUGGGGGCCUCCAUGCAGAGGCUGCUCUGUGGUGCAGAAGAUCUGGGGCUCUUUAAGGAGUGUACUGACGGGUCCAUGAGAGCCUUCACUUUUGCCAGCAAACACAACUUCAAAGAUUUUAAAGGGGAUGGAGACGGCUUCCUCAGUAUGGCUGAGUGUCAGUAUGUUAUCAAGCAUGAGCUGGACACGCUGCGAGCCAAAGAGGAGACUAAUGUUCCAGGAUACAGUCAUGCCAAGCUCUACCCUGGGAAAUCUAUCAUUCGCAGACUGCUCUCCAAAGGGAUCUUAAUCCAGAUGUUUCCUCUGCAUGAAAACGAAGAACUCAAGAGGCUUUCUUUUUCCUGGUAUAAAAAAGUGAAGUUGUCGCUUCAGCCUCUGGACGACAUCAGACACUACUAUGGUGAGGGCCAGGCUCUCUACUUUGGCUUCCUGGAGUACUUCACCUUUGCACUGGUGCCUAUGGCCCUCAUUGGGGUGCCUUACUAUCUGUUUGACUGGGAGGACUAUGACAAAUAUGUAGGCUUUGCUGUCUUCAACUUGAUCUGGUGCACUGUUAUCUUGGAGUUAUGGAAGCGACGCAGUGCCUCACUAGCCUACUACUGGGGCACGCUGUGCAGAAAAAAGGCCUUUGAAGAACCUCGGCCUGGAUUUCACGGCGUGCUUGGUCACAACCCUGUGACGGGACGUGCAGAGCCUAUCUACCCCACCUCCAAGAGGCACCUGCGUGUCUACCUUGUGUCUCUGCCCUUCGUCCUGCUUUGCCUCUACCUGUCCCUCUACGUCAUGAUGAUCUACUUCCAGAUGGAGGGGUGGGCUCUGUCCAUCUAUGAUGAGAACCCCACAUUCUGGACACACAUUCUGCUAUUCAUCCCUAGUAUCAUCUAUGCUGUGGUCAUAGAGGCGAUGAACCUCAUCUACAGAUAUGCUGCCGAGUUCCUCACUGAAUGGGAAAAUCACAGGCUGGAGUCUUCAUAUCAAAAUCACCUGGUGCUCAAAGUCUUGGUGUUCAACUUCUUCAACUGUUUCGCGUCGCUCUUCUACAUUGCCUUUGUCGUGCAGGACAUGGAGCUUCUCAGACAGAGUUUGGCGACCUUGUUGAUCACCAGUCAGAUCUUGAAUCAGUUCAUGGAGGCCUUCCUGCCCUACUGGCUGCAGAGGAGACGCAACAAAAAGAUGAUUCGCAAAGUCCAGAAGAGAAGAAUGUACGAGGAGAAAGAGCUUCCGCUGGUAGAGCAGGUCCGGCUCGAGUUCUACCUCUGUGUGCAGCUCGCCUUUGAAGCCAUGAGCGUGAUAGCUGUUGUGACCAACUGUGCACUGAUUGGCAUGUCUCCACAAGUCAGAUCCUAUUUCCCCGAGUCAGAGACACAGCUCAUACUGUGUACAGUGGCUGCUGAGCAUGUACUGCUGGGCUUCAAGUUCAUUCUGACCUUCCUCAUCCAAGAUGUUCCCAAACACAUCCAGGACAAACUGGCCCGUCUGGAGUUUGAAUCAUUGGAGGCCCUCAAGAAGAAGAGACAGCUCCACGGAGGAAAAUGCUGGAAGCCUCGCAGCUCAGUAAGACUGUCCAGUGAGGAGGAUAGGUGUGCCUGCAGAUACUGAUGAUGACACACUGUGGUUUACAUUACCGUUCUGAAGCUCGCUCUACGUGCGUAUGUAUUCACAAGAACAAAAGUGUUACCUUUGGAGUUGCGUGGCUGUUGUUUCCCCCAUUCCCUCACACUGGUUUGUACUGUUAAUCUGCAAUAUCUUCACUGCACCAUGACUAGUUGUACAGUUUUGCGAAGCAUACAUGACGGUUGAUUCAGGUUCGUUGCUGUGUACCAAAUGUUAUACGUUGCUCUUUAAAGUGGAUGUACUAUAAUGUUUUGUGUUGCAGUGGUGUGUGUACAGGGGAUGAGAUAAAUGGGACAGAUGUUCAAAUCACAGAGGGAUGCUGUACACAUGAUAUACUGUAGAAAAUAACGAUUUUAUAUCCAAAUCUUUUGAUUAAGUAAUUUCUGUUAUGUUCUGUUCUUCUGCUGCUGAAGUCACUUUGGGUUUGGUUCAAUCAGUGUUCAAAUGUUAAACUUUGUGAACUGCAAUUAGAAUAAAUGAGUUCUAAGCCUUCAGGAUGUAAUAACUAAUAAUCGCCUGACCUGAUUGUAUCUCGCCUCAACAAUCUAAUCUGCUUUUUAUCCUCAGCACAGCAAGUAUGGAGGCAAAAAAGGCCAAAAAGAUGUAAAGGUUCAAUGCAGCCAUCAACACACUCAAUGAUGUGGAUUUGAUCCUGAUGUAAUUAGUUUGGUCUGUAACAUGACAAAACUCUAAAUUACCUUCACACAUCAACUCACACAGAAGUCUUUAAAAGUAAAGUUUAGGAUGCGCAUUUAUCAACACGACCGGUUCUUCAGUAAAUGUUAAAUCUCACAAUAUGAUCCAUGUCUUGGCCUUCCUUUGCUUCCAUACCCAAGAGAUGUCAUUGAGCCGUCUUAGAGCAGGAUAUGUUUUCAAUGCACUCUUAUGAAACUCCCAGGUGCCUUGGAAUGCAAUGCAGUCCCAAAUAUUUGCUUUUAUAUGCUCUAUUUACAUGGCAAAAAACAUGUAACACCAGAUUUGAAUAAUCCCAUGCUCAAAUAAAGUCACAACCAAAGAAACCA